AUGGGUCAAGUUGCUAGUGCUAUUGCGAACGCGCUUGACAAUAGCAAGGAAGAGGAAGCAAAGGCUAAAGAACAGCUUGAGCUUAUGAUGAAGCUUGCUGAUGCCCGAUUAGACACGUUUGAGGCAGGGCUGGAGAAGAUGUUUCUGGACCAUGAGUCCGCAAUGAAGACGAGUGUUCCUGGAAAGAGAGCACUCCGAUUUGAGCGUCAUGUCCAAGUUGACGCUGAGAAGACACCAGGCAAAGGGGUAGAUGAAGCUGUGGAUGCCUUCUUCGGCUCUUCUGAUACUGGAAGUCGAGGCGUUCUCGAUGGCUUCAAAGCUGUUGUUAAAACCGGUCUCUCAACCAUUCUUGGCGACACCUCGGCUGGUGAGAGCUAUGAUAAGAAGUUUUUUGUUUGCGUUAAGCAGGAUGUCACGGUUGAUGAACUCAUCUACCUUGCUUCUGAGUUUACUGGAGAUGGAACAAUCGGGCCUGACAGCGGCUUUGAUAAAUACUUGGAGAUGAUUAUGAAGACUUGGAAUGCGCUUAAAGCUAUUGAUCCACUUCCGGUGCCUCUGUUUUACUAG